AUGAAAACAACACGUCCCCAAGGCGAAGGUUCUUUGAAGUCUAAAGGCAGAAGAAGAACUAGUAGGAAUAACAAUAGGGGGCGCGUUUCUGGUGCUAUUUCGCAGCAAUCUUGUGUCACACCCUCUGCUAUUGGUGUCACUUCAAAUGAUACUAACGCCAUCGAAAAUGCGUUUGAGGAGCUUACUGGAAGAAUACCUCGUUUAUAUACCAUUGCCACUACCGUUGAUCCAACAAAGAGGGAGAAAGUUUUCGAGUAUCAGCAAAUUUUAGAUAAAGACUUGGAGUCUGUAAAUUCUGCUGAAAACAAAUACUUCUUUAUUACCUGUUCAUUUACUUCUUGGAACCUUUUUCUAUUUGAAUUACUUAAUUGUGUGAAAGAAGAGAAAGAUCAGGUGGAGAAUAUUGAGUUCAUCAAGGAAACAUAUGAACAAUUUAAAAGUCUAUUGUCAAUGCAUGUAAGUACUCGAACACGGAUUAUUAAGAAUCCUUAUCGAAAUAUGAACUCUGAGAAUGUAUCUGAAUCAAGUAAAAACGAUAAUGCUAAAUCGGACUCGGAAAGUUCAGAAACAGUUGUAGCAGAAGAAAAUGAUGGCAAAGAAUUGGGACUUGAAGAGAAUGAGGCAUCGGGUGGAGUAGUUGAAGCCCUUGAAAAUCUCUCCCUUCAAAAGCAGUCAAGUGCAUCGGUUAUUGCGUCGAUCAACGACCAGUCGGUAUCUGCAUCUGGUAAAUCAUCUGAGCUGGGUCAAGACGAUGUAUCUGAGUUGGAUCAGGCUGCCACCAAACGCCGUAAGAGAAAUCGCCGCAAAAAGAACAAAAAGACACAACAGUUGGAAGAACCUAAUGUCUCGAUUGGCAUGGAGAAUGGAGAUCAUUCUGAGACCUUACCUGCGCAACCCAUGGACGUGAAUGCGGAAAAUUCUUGCGAACAAAUUCCAAACACCUCAGGACACCGUAAAAGGAGAAACCGAAAACGAAGUAAGCAUGCCAAACAACAGGACGAAGCAAAUGGAGCGAUUUCCGCAGGGAACAAUGAAGUAUCAGAUGCACUAACUACGCAACCGUAUAUAUUACCUUGA